AUGGAGAUAUUGGCUGCAACUAGGGGCGCGGCUGGAGCGUCCUCUUCUAACGCUGCCCCUCCUACUACUGAGUGGAGUUUGGAGAGUUUUCUCCAACACCAUCCGGCCAAGUUCAAUGGGAAGGGUCUUCCGAAUGAAGCGGAUCAGUGGCUCAGGGAUAUGGAGCGGAUUUACAAUGCUAAGAGGUGCCCGGACGACAACCGCUUAGCAUUUACUGAAUACUUGCUGACUGGUGAAGCAAGUCACUGGUGGACGAGCAUGAGGGCGAUUUUGACGGACGCUCAUAGUCCUGUGAAUUGGGCAGUUUUCAGGACGAAAUUCUACGAAGAGUACUUCCCGGACAGCGUACGUUAUGCUAAAGAAGUGGAGUUUUUACAGUUGGUGCAAGGGGGAAUGUCGGUAUCAGAAUAUACUAAUAGGUUCAAGCAUUUGGUCCGUUUUAAUACCAUGGCUACGAGUGGAGAAUGGCAAUGCAGGAAGUUUGAAAACGGGUUGAGAAGCGACUUGAAGGUAUUGAUAUCCAGCCUGUGCAUUAGAUCAUUUCCCGCCAUGGUUGAGAGAGCAAAGGUACUGGAGAAGAACGUUGCUGAGGCCGAGCAACAGAAGAAGCAUCAGUUGAGCAGGGGGCCGGUGUUAGCAAGAAACAAUUCUACUGUAAGACGACCCCCGUACGUUCGUCCAGGCCAAUCCUCUGGGGGAUCGCAAGCUGUGGCUACUGUCGGCCAGUCUGGACAGUCAAGAAGUUUGGCAUGUUUCCAGUGUGGAGGACCGCAUCUUAGGUGGGCUUGUCCUCAACUGAAUGGGGGAAAAUACUGCACUAAAUGCAGAAGGAGUGGACACUCGGAUCAGGAGUGUAAUAUGGGAGGCCGUGCGGUAUCAAGACCGCCGAACGCUAGAAGAGCCCAACAAGGAAGAAGUGGACGUGCGCAAGCUACAGGGAGAGUUUAUGCAAUUACUGGUGCUGAAGCUGCUCGUUCAGUGGAGAGUGAAUUACAGUUCGACUUGGUGGUGUCAACCCCAGCGGCUGGUGGGAUCAAGACGUCUACAGUUUGUGUAAGAUGUCCUAUAGAAGUUGAGGGGCGUAGAUAUAAGGUCAAUCUCAUUUGCUUACCCCUUCAAGACUUAGAAGUAAUUUUAGGGAUGGAUUGGUUGGCUACCAAUCGGAUUCUCAUUGAUUGUGGGAAGAAGGAGUUAGUCUUCCCAGGUGAAGAAGAGGAGGAGUUAUCUGUUGAUCGCGGUCAGUUGAAGGAGGACAUCAUGGAAGGAGCGAGCUGUUUUCUGAUCAUGACGUAUGAAGACAACGAAGUGGAGCGUUCGUCCAAUGGUGAGAACAGUGGAGGACGAACGGUAGUGGAUGACUUUCCGGACGUCUUUCCGGAUGAAGUCCCUGGUCUACCUCCCGUUCGUGAGGUCGAAUUCACGAUCGACCUGGUGACAACUGAUGCACCCAUCUCGGUUCAACCUUAUAGGAUGGCACCAGCCGAGUUGGCCGAGCUAAAAAUGCAGAUUGAAGAAUUGAUGGAUAAGAAGUUCAUCAGGCCGAGCGUUUCACCAUGGGGAGCACCUGUGUUGCUGGUCAAGAAGAAGGAUGGCAGCUCUCGGCUCUGCAUUGAUUAUAGGCAACUUAAUAAGCUGACUAUCAAGAACAAGUAUCCAUUGCCAAGGAUUGACGACCUACUGGACCAACUGCAAGGUGCGUGCGUAUUUUCAAAGAUAGAUUUACGUUCAGGCUAUCACCAAAUCAGAGUGAAGGAGGGAGAUAUUCAAAAGACUGCUUUUCGGUCUCGUUAUGGUCAUUAUGAGUACGUGGUGAUGCCCUUUGGAGUGACAAACGCACCUGCAAUCUUCAUGGACUACAUGAACAGGAUUUUUAGACCGUACCUUGACAAAUUUGUAGUAGUGUUCAUUGAUGACAUCCUCAUUUACUCCAAGAGCUUUGACGAACAUGAAGAUCACUUGAGGAUCGUCUUAAGCGUGUUGAGGGAAAAAGAAUUGUAUGCCAAGCGUUCGAAGUGUGAAUUCUGGAUGAAGGAAAUCCAAUUUUUGGGACACGUAGUUUCUGCUGGAGGUAUUUCUGUCGAUCCAGCCAAAGUGAAAGCAGUCUUGGAUUGGGAAAGCCCACGUUCGGUCACAGAGGUUAGGAGCUUCGUAGGGCUUGCGGGCUACUAUAGGCGGUUCAUUGAGGGAUUCUCUAAGAUAGUAGCCCCUCUGACGUAUCUCACCAGGAAAGACCAGCCGUUCGCAUGGACCGAUCGUUGUGAGGAGAGCUUCCAGGAAUUGAAGAAGAAACUAACGAGCGCCCCAGUGUUGGUCAUUCCAGACACGACCAAACCUUUUGAAGUGUAUUGUGACGCGUCGUAUCAAGGUUUGGGCUGCGUAUUGAUGCAGGAGAGGAAGGUAGUGGCGUACGCUUCUAGGCAGUUGAAGAUCCAUGAGAAGAAUUACCCCACCCACGACUUAGAAUUGACAGCAGUCGUGUUUGCACUAAAAAUCUGGAGGCAUCAUCUGUAUGGAGCAACGUUUCAAGCUAACGUAGUUGCGGACGCGCUAAGCAGGAAGUCAGUUCAUGUUUCAACUAUGAUGGUGAAAGAACUCAAUCUGGUGGAAAGCUUUAGAGAUUUAAGGUUGCAGUUCGAGUUGGAGCCGAACAGUAUCAAAUGCUGCACCUUUAGAAUAACAAGUGAUGUGUUCGACCGAAUCUGGAUGAAGCAACGUGAGGAUGAUGAGCUGGUGAAGAUUUUAAACGCGCUUGGUACGGAUCAAGCUAAGCAGUUCAAUGCGGGAACGGACGAUAUGUUGCGUUACUUGGGUAGGACGUGCGUUCCUAAUGAUGGCGAGCUGAAGCGAAUCAUAUUGGAGGAAGCACAUCAUAGUCGUCUUAGCAUUCAUCCUGGUAUGACUAAGAUGUACCAAGAUCUUCGGAGAGAAUUGGGAAGCAAGUUGCGAAUGAGUUCUGCCUAUCACCCUCAGACGGACGACCAAUCUGAGCGAACCAUCCAGACGCUCGAGGACUUGUUGAGGACGUGCGUCCUAGAUCAUAUGGGAGUAUGGGAUGAAGUUCUACCGCUCGUUGAAUUCACUUAUAACAACAGUUUUCAAGCAAGCAUAGGAAUGGCGCCGUUUGAAGCUCUUUAUGGAAGGAAGUGUCAAACACCAUUGUGUUGGUUCCAAGAAGGCGAGAAUGUAUUAACAGGACCAGAAUUAAUCCAGCAAACAACCGAGAAGGUGAAACUGAUUCAAGAACGAUUGAAGACGUCUCAAAGCAGGCAGAAAUCUUAUGCUGAUAAGAGAAGAAGACCCUUAGAGUUCGCUACUGGAGAUCACGUGUUUCUCAGGUUGAAUCCAAUCACUGGAGUGGGAAGAGUCCUUCGUCCAAAGAAGCUUUCACCCAAAUUCGUAGGGCCUUAUCAAAUUCUGAAGAAGAUUGGAUCAGUGGCGUAUGAGCUAGCUUUACCACCUCAACUGUCCAAUCUCCAUCCAGUCUUUCACGUUUCUCAGCUCCGGAAGUAUGUAGCUGAUCCAUCACACGUACUGGAGUUGGAAGACGUCCAACUUCGCCCAGACCGAACGCUGGAGAUGCAACCAGUCUGCAUUGAAGACAGCCGCACCAGACUCUACAAAGGAAAGGACGUUCGUCUUGUGAAAGUGGUGUGGGACGCGAAGACUGGUGAUUCAACAUGGGAGGUUGAAGAGGCUGUGAAGGAAUUAUACCCGCACCUAUUUCCUGGUAAGCUUUAG